CGGCUAUUUAGAAACAACAGAAAAACCAUAUUAAAACAAUUACCGCAAAAUCGGGGGAAAAAAGAAAAAAGUUCACGUUCUUACUGCCUUCUCGUGUCUUUCUUCUUGGUCUUGAUUUCGUUUUUGUUUUUUUCAUUUCCAAUCAAACACCGCGUCAAGUCUUUUGCGGUGGGCUCAUCUUCUAUACGGCCAGUUUCAAAAGGGCCCACUGAAAACGACGCCUCCGGCCAGUCGUUCAACCGCCUACAAAGUUAAUCGCACCCAGUUCAAGAAAAGGAUAACCAAAAUAAGAAGAAGAAAAAGAGGGAUUGCAAAAUUUACUGCUUUUCUUUUUAACAGAGUUCGCAGAUUUUUCCAAGUUUUUAUUUGUAUUGAACAAUUUAAAACUAAAAAAAAAAAAGGUUGGAUAAUUUUGCGUGCCCCAUUCGUCACACGAAAGCAAUCAUUCAUCUAAACAGCUGAAAUCAAUUAUUUAUUAUCAAUUUGAAUGUUGCGUGACCAAUUUUAUAUCUUCUUUCCAUUUUUAUAAUCCUAGUUUUCCCUCAUCUCUCAUUUGCCCUAUUUGGCGAUUUCUGAAUUCAUUUCGUUAUUGGUAUUGGAUUAGGUGUUUCGAAUUCUGUGGUGUAGAUUUUAUAAUCCUCAGUUUGAUUGAAGGGUUUUAAGGUAGUUCAAUAGUUCUUCGAGCGCAGCUCAGUUAAGAAACUGCGGUUAAUAGCUGUUGAGAAUCUAAAGAACUUAUUGUUUUGCUUCAUAAGUUCAAGAGCUUGUCUGCUGUCAUUACACUCUCAAAUUCAAUCUCUAUUUGAAUAGCUUGACGAAUAAUUUGAAGAUGACUACCGGAAGCGUUAAACCAACCAAAGAAAGGAAGUCGAGGAAGAGCAAACAACCAAUAGUCGAUGAGAAAUCACCGUUAUUGCCCACGAAACAUGGGGAAGAUGGUGGAUUUGAUGAGUUCAAUGGGGCUUCUUUUAGUGGGGCCGUAUUUAAUUUAUCGACUACUGUAGUUGGUGCUGGUAUCAUGGCUCUGCCUGCAACCAUGAAGGUUUUGGGGCUCUUUCUGGGGAUUGCCAUGAUCAUAUUCAUGGCGUUCUUGACAGAGGCCUCGAUUGAGUUAGUGCUUAGGUUCAGCCGGGCAUCAAAGUCGGGUUCUUACGGAGGUCUUAUGGGGAAUGCAUUUGGAAAGUACGGAAGGAUGUUGAUUCAGCUGUGUGUAUUGGUCAACAAUGUUGGUGUUCUUGUGGUGUACAUGAUUAUAAUAGGCGAUGUGCUUUCUGGAACAACUUCCGAUGGAAUUCAUCACGCGGGUGUUCUGGAAGGUUGGUUUGGAGAACAUUGGUGGAACGGGCGAUUUUUCGUGCUGCUUAUUACAACACUAGCCGUAUUUGCACCAUUGGCCACCUUAAAGAGAAUUGAUUCGUUGAGAUAUACAUCUGCUUUAUCUGUGGCACUGGCUGUAGUGUUCCUUGUUAUAACCGUGGGAAUCACACUCUUCAAGUUGAUAAAUGGAACUACUCUUAUGCCUCGGUUGUUUCCAGAUGUCAACAAUCUGACCUCAUUCCUCAACCUCUUCACCGCUGUCCCUGUUCUGGUCACUGCAUUCAUCUGCCACUACAAUGUCCACUCAAUAAACAACGAGCUCGAGGACAAUACUCAAAUCAAGGGGGUCGUGCGAACUUCCCUUGCCCUAUGCUCGACCAUAUAUAUAAUGACGAGUCUUUUCGGGUUCCUCUUAUUCGGCGACGCCACCCUGGACGAUGUGCUGGCCAACUUCUCGACCGAUCUCGGAAUCCCGUUUGGUUCCCUUCUCAAUGAUGCCGUCCGAGUCAGCUACGCGGCUCACCUAAUGCUCGUUUUCCCCAUUGUAUUCUAUCCUCUGAGACUAAACUUGGACGGGCUCCUUUUUCCUUCAUCAAGGCCUUUGACCUCAGACAAUCUAAGGUUCGCAUCCCUUAGCAUUGGGCUUAUCAGCAUGAUUUUUCUGGGCGCAAAUUUCAUACCGAGCAUUUGGGAUGCUUUCCAGUUCACAGGAGCAACUGCAGCCGUUUGCAUCGGUUUUAUAUUUCCUGCUGCCAUUACUUUAAGGGACCGAUAUGGCAUAGCCACAAACAGGGACAAGAUCUUAUCCAUUUUCAUGAUUGUUCUUGCUGUCUUUUCCAACCUGGUUGCAAUAUACAGUGAUGCCUAUGCAUUGUUCAAGAAAAGCCCCUCUCAUCGUGAGUGAGAAUAAUUAUUUUGCUGUUGCUGUUUUUAUAGCAUAUAAGAAGUAAACUCUACUCAAUGUGUAUGUUGAGUAUUUUGUGUCUUGAAAUGUAAAGAGUUGCUUUAGGAUAUAUAUAUAUCCUAUGGUAUUGUAUUGUUUUUAAUUUUUUAUUGUGUGUGGUGCUAGAGUUUGAUGGACAUAUAAUGUGUUUGAGAAAAUAAAUGUAUUUUGUGUAUUAUAUUCAUAUUUAUGAUGUGCUUGUACUUUGGUUUUGCUUGGAAUUGUAAUUUGUAAUAAAAUGCCCUCCAUGAGGCUAAUGAUGUUUUCCAGAAACAUUUUUUC